GGGUCGGACGACCAACUGGCCGCCUCUCCCGCCCCUCCCGCCGAGCAGGAGGCACUGUUUAAACCGAAGCCGCUGUUGUUGAAGUUGUUAAAAUUUGCUGGUGCCCAAAAGGACACUUUUACAAUGAAGGAGGUAAUAUUCUAUCUUGGCCAAUAUAUUAUGUCUAAACAACUAUAUGAUGAAAAACAGCAGCAUAUUGUCCACUGUGCAAAUGAUCUUCUUGGAGAUCUUUUUGGCGUACCAAGCUUUUCGGUAAAAGAACACAGGAAAAUACACUCAAUGAUUUCCAGAAACUUGAUAGCAGCCACUCAACAAGCGUCUAUGGAAGCUAACACAUCUGAGAAUGAGACCAGGAGUGAGCUUGAAAAGGGCAAUAUUCUAAAGGAAUCCAUGCAAGAGUUAGUGGAAGAAAAACAGACAUCCCCAAAUUUGACUGCUAGACCAGCUACGUCUUCUAGGAGGAUACACAGUGAAUCUGAAGAAAGUUCUACAGAUGGGCAACCUAGUGAAAGAAGAAAACGCCAUAAGUCAGACAGCAUAUCACUCACAUUUGAUGAAAGCCUUUCUUGGUGUGUUGUAAGUGGGUUAUGCUGUGAAGGAAGCAACAGCAGUGACUCAGACUCUGCAAGUCCUAAUCUUCAUGCCAGUUCGUUAAGCGGAAACUCAGAUGAUUGGUUUGACCAGAGUUCUGUUUCAGACCAGUUUAGUGUGGAGUUUGAAGUUGAGUCCGUUUAUUCAGAAGAUUAUAGCCAUAAUGAAGAAGGGCAAGAGCUCACAGAUGAAGAUGAUGAGGUAUAUCAGGUAACUAUUUAUCAGACUGAAGAGAGUGAUGCUGAUUCAUUUGAUGAAGAUCCUGAAAUUUCACUAGCUGAUUAUUGGAAGUGCACUAAAUGCAAUGAAAUGAACCCUCCCCUUCCACGGCAUUGCCCCAGAUGCUGGGCUCUUCGUGAGGACUGGCUUCCUGAUGAGAAGAAUAACAAAUCUGAAAAGCGAAAAUUGGAAAGUUCCACACAGCUAGAGCACGAAAAGGGUUUUGAUGUUCCUGAUUGUAAGAAAAUGAAAAUGAAUGAAGAUAAAGAUGUAAGUGUUGACAAAAAUGAGGAUACACCAGCACAAACAUCUGAAUCUCAGGAGAGUGAGGAAUACUCUCAGCCAUCUACAUCUAGUAGUAUCUUUUGCAGCAGCCAAGAGGAUUGCAAAGAACCUGAGAAGAGAGAGACUGAAAACAAAGAGGAAACUAUGGAAUGCAGUCUACCCCUUUCAAGUAUAGAGCCCUGUGUCAUAUGUCAGAGCAGACCUAAAAAUGGCUGUAUAGUUCAUGGCAAGACCGGACAUCUUAUGUCAUGUUUUACUUGUGCAAGAAAACUGAAAAAGCGGAAUAAACCCUGUCCAGUCUGUAGACAGCCAAUUCAGAUGAUUGUGCAAACUUAUUUUAGUUAGAAGGAACUUAAGCAUUACUGUGCAACAAAGUUUCAACAAACCUUCGAUACAAGCUUCUAUAGACUUAUACAGUCAGAAAAUAAGAAACUAUUUUUGUAUAUUUAACUAAAGAUGCUAUAUUUUGGGUGAUUUUUCUUUGUUUGUUUUUGAAUUAAUGAAAAGUUGCACUGGAAUUGAUAGUUUAACUCUAUAUUCAUUAGACUUUUGGUGGGAGGGGGAACUUUAAAAUCCUCUCAUGGAAAUAAGUUUCAGGAACUUUGGGUAUUUAUCACAGGAAAAAUUUCAGUGUCUGUUCCUUACCCAAGUCAUUGGAAAAUCAGAACUUCUUGAGAAGUCCCCAAGAAAAAUAAAGUUUCGACUCUAUUAUGGGUGAGACACAUAUUUAUUUAUCCAAGUAGGUAAACUUGGGGGAAAAUAUUUCUGAGACUACUUCAGAUCACGCAGAAGAUGUGAUGGUAAAGAAUUGAAGUAGUCACAAUUUUUAUGACAUUUUGGGAGGGGGAAAAAAAGAGAUCUGUAAAUUAAAUAUUUUAAACUAGUCUAUCCAGUUUCAUAGUAACGCUUUUCAGUAAUGAAUUUUUUUAAAACGCUCACCAUGCUUGCCUUCUCUUCCCCAAAUUCACUCUCUUGAAACUUCUAUUUUGCAUGUUAAUACAGAAAACAUUCAGCAUCUUUAUCAACUGAAAUGUUUGUGUUUCUGUGGUGAAUUCCAAGAAUGCAAGGAAAGUAUGUUUUUAUAUACUUUUUUUUUUUUGCAAAACCAGAAAUUAGUCAAAUCUUAUUAAACCACAGUCUGUGUAACUUGCACAAUAAGUAGUCUUCUGUCCUCACUUCCAAAACAAAGAUUGAAUUGCCAAGCACUGUAAUGAACUUUCAUUUUACUAAGACUUUUUUUUUUACAUUUUCUAUUCAUUUUUUAUUUAUAGACAUAAUUCAUAUUGUACUAUAGUUGGCAAAAUAAGUAAAGCAAAUCAUGUACUAUUUUUCUCUUUCUAAAUUUUAAUGACUUACAAAUUACAUUUCAGUAGUUUACUAUCAGGAAGGGUAACGCCAGUCUCUGGUUAAAACUAUUUGACCUACAGUUCGUUCAGCUUUGUCCAUUCUCUUGGGGUAUGUCUACACAGCAGGGCUUAACUUGAAAUAAGCUAGGCAAAUUGAGCUACAUCAAUUGUGUAGCUUAUUUCGAAAUUGGGAGCAUCUACACUUAUUUUGUGAUAGAGCCCUCUUACUCCUUGUACGAUGAAGGUUACAGGAGUCUGAGUAAGUCCUCCAACUUGACAGUAUUUCAGCAUUAUUUCAAAAUAACUGCAUGCUGUGCAAAUGCAGACUAAGUUCUAUCGUAAUAACGCCAGUUAUUUCAAAAUAAUGUUGCUGUUUAUAUGUGCCUUCAGUCAUCUGGGGAGUACCACCAUAAAUGCUUUCACAAGAAAGUAACCUGGGUGCUUUCUUUCAAAAUAAUCUGGUUGCUUCUCUUAUAUACAGCCACUUCUAAUCAAUGCACAUUGGAAAGAAGAGUCCAGACAUUUAAAUAGUGGCGGAGAAAUCUAUAGAAUUUUGGAAUAGGCUAUAAUGAUGGGUGCAGGAUUUCUAUGAUGCUGCUUUGGUCAGAGAAACACCUUUCCAUCUUCAGAUAGUGAUGCUUUUUUUUAUAGUUGAGGGUUAUUUUUAAGCCUACAAGCAAGCCUUUUUUAAAUAUAAAGCAUCUCCCUGCACAUCUGCUGCUUCUUAUUAUGGUGUUACUUGAUAAACAUAACUGUGAUAAAACUUGCAGUCAACUCCUGUGUUGGACACAUAGGAGGUCAGAUAGCAAAGUGAUCCAGGGGCUGUUAGAGUGGUGUGGGCUAUAGAAUACAAUAUAAAGUCAUAUGCUCAGGAAGAGGCAAAUGAAUACAGUUGCUAUUAAGGGUUUUAACACUCCUAUUCUACAGUCUCAUUAUUUACAUCAUAACAAAAUAUUGCUCUGUCUGAUAAAGAAUUGCACCUCUAGCUAGCACAAUGGGUACCUAUUCAUCAUUCCCCCCUUUCAAAAAUGCCAUUUAUAUAAUUUACUUUUAUAAAAGAAUAUUAUUCCCAAUAGUAGAGCACACUUAGCUUAGUUUUCCACUUUACAAAGGAAUAAAACAAAUAAGCAGUCCACAAAGUUGGAUUCCAGUUAUGGGUUAUUCUGUGUAACUCUUGGAAUGCGAAGAACCUGCCCAUAGCCAAAUUGAUUUUGUAGUAGCAUGAGUAGGAAAUCUGACAAAGAUUAAAGAAUUAUUUUAUACAAAUUGUGGGACAUCUUUUGCCCUCUUCACAGCGCUGUGGAAGUGAAUUAUUUCAGGGCAUCCAUGUCCUUGGGCUGACUUCUGAAAAUUGGUAUAUUUCUGUCUGGAGUACUAUGUGAACUCUUGAGUGCUGUACAUGAAGUAGUCUUCAUCACCCCCCCAAAAAAACUUUCCUCAAAAUACAUACAUAAAAGCAAACUCGCCUAAGACAUGAUAGCUGUCCUAAAAAACCAGGUUAUCCAGAUUUUCUAUUAAAUCCUCUUAACAGUCUAGUCUAAUGAAGCUUUAUUUCAGGAUUCACAGAUUGAAAAGAAAGCGGAGAAGAUCCAUGUACCCACAUUAAGUUUUCCAGUACUUUACUAAUAAACCUCACAGGCUAAGUGACUUUGAUAAACUUGUCAUAAAAAAUAAAUUGGAGCAUCUCAGUAAUACUAUCAAAUGCCAAAUUUUCUAUAUUUAAGGCCCAAGUUAGUCUGGAGUUUUUCACAAGUAUCUGACCUGUACCUGAGUUCUUAGUUCAUCAUGAAUUAUACCCCCAUUUUUCUAAAAUCAGGGAAAUUAAACCAAAAGUAGGGAUAAUGGUGACCAGCCCUCAGUACAUGCUCAUGUCUCAUUUAUAAUACAUAUAACAUAUUGGCAAAUUGACAUUUGUUUAGUUUGUCCAGUCAUCACUGCAAACCAGAGUUCAUAAGCAUAUUACUGGUAGGGUGAGCUUUCUGAAAUUCUACUUAUUUAAUGUCAGGUUGGUUUUAACUCUUAAUUUAUUAUCACUUGUACAUAUUCUUGUAUUUUUGGAGAUUUAUUAAUUUUUGCCCAUUUUAAUUUAUUGUGAGAUGUGUGUGCGUGUGUGCGUGUUGGGGUGAGACAAGCUUUUGAGCCACCCAGAGCUUUUCUUCAGGUCUUAGACAGGUAGUUCUGACACCACAGCUUAAUGCAGGUGGAACAGAUUGUGUAGCAUAAAUUAUAGAUACUUUAAUGGACCAUUCAAGUUAGGAUGGUCUAUCAACACCUGCAAUCAUAAGACAAAAAGGGGGACUUAGUGGAUUGCAGAUUGUUGUAAUGACCCGCAAAUCCAGUGCCUGUUCCACCCAUGAAUUUUACCAGAGUUUGGAAAUUAAGCUCCCAAGCUCAUCUAGGCAGCUCAAGCAGGGAUGUGCAAGCUGGUUUCAGGAGUCUACCAAACAGAGCAGGUGUUAGACAUGCUGAGGUCUGGAGCAGAAAGUUUGAAACCCUGAGCUGCACUGCCCAGCGGGGCGGAAGCCUGGACCCCUGGCAUUCCAUGGGGCUAAAGACAAAGCCUGGGCAAUUUAAUUUCAUAAUGCCCUUGGGGGUGUGAAGCUCAGUGAAUUCUCUUGCAUGCUACCUUCUAAUGCUGGCCUUCGCUUGUAUAUGCAGAAAAAAGAAGUUGUGGAACAGAUAGGCCAUGGUGUUUUUAUAGCAUGUUGCUGGGAGCCUCAGAAAGUUUAUAUAUAUUUAAAAGGUGUAUGUUUAAAUAAAUGACUGAGCUGUCAUGACAGUAAAGGUUCUUAACAGCAUGUUAGAUAGAUACUUAGUACUCUUUUUUUUUUUUUUUUUUUGUGAUCCUUCACCACAUCUGGUACAGAAUGAUACAAAGUGUAUAUUUGGAUGUUCAUUCACGUGCUGAACUAAAAUAACUACAGUAUAACAUUUGUGUAUUUGUUACCUGAAAAUAUUGCAUGUCUUUAUGCAAAGAUUUCAAACCUUGUUCACUCCCUGAUUUGGAGAGAAUUUCCUUGUUGGCAGUCUUCUGUUUGUGCUUAGAAGAAUUGAUGAAUGUGGCUCAACAGGAAAAACUAAAAAUCCACACCACACCUGAAACUAAAUUCCUGAAUAUAAAAGUUCUGACAUAGCUUAAAAAUUGUGGUGUAAAUAGGAUAUUAAUUUUUUUUUAAAUCACAGAAAUGUUGCUGACCUCUUCACAAUUGACUAACAAAUAUAAUUACAUAGGAAAAAGGCGGGGGGAGAGAAAAGAAGCCCAAUCUGCCUGUCUAGUUACUAUUUCUAAGUGACCUAUCUUGUUUUGUUCUAAUAGCACUGAUGCUAUAAAACUUCCGGUAAUCAAAUCUUUGUAGUAUACUAUAAGCAUUAAUGUUUAUUAUUAAUACUUUAAAAAUCUGGUAUUUUCCCCCUGGGUCUUUGAAAAUAUUUGUUCUUAAGUGAUUUUUGUAAAGGACAAGCUUUCUGUUUGCAAACUGAACUAUGUAACAGACAACUUGGUGGAUUAAAUAAAUCUUGAAAAUAUUUGCUCAAUCCUACAGUUUUUCUGCAUGCAGAAUUCCUUUUGGUCUGUGACAAUGCAAAUGGAUUACAGGAUUGGGACCUUGCUAAUUCAAAGUAAGACAACACAUCUCUGUAGUGAUUUCAACCAGCUGUGCAAUAUUGUCUAUCCUAAUAGUGCAUAAAUAUUGUAAUGGCUUAAAAUUGUAUAAUAUUUUAGAGAAGAUUUGUAAUAGAAAAUAUCAAUAUUUCGUCAGUGGCCAUAAAACUUGAAUAGAAUUUAAAAAGUGCACUUACAACAGUUUCCUUUAAGAGACAUAAGUCUUUAAUUGCUGGAAAAAAUAUGCAGCAUAUAUUUGAAUUAUUUUAGUGUCCUUUGUUAUAUGAAAUCAUAACCCUGAAGGAACUUAAGAUUUUAUUUUCUGUGUAUAUAAUAAAUCACGUGUAAUAAAGAAUCUUUCAGUAUC